AUCUCCACGCUCCGCCCAGCUGGAAGCGAGAGGACGGUGUCGGAAUGAUAAACUGCUUUUGGGAAGUCGGUCGGUGCUGUGUGGUUGCCUGCUGUGGGUGACUUUGUUUACAAGACUAGGUGUUGUUUUGUAUCGGGGUUUCACGUUAUUUACAUGGUCGGAGUUUGUUUACGUUCGGCCGUACGGACUGUGUUUUCCCCCCUCGGUGGUGCUCGGUAUCGUCGGGGCUGACACCGUGACACUUUAAAGUAGCGGCUCAGUGAUACAGUCGCCUCGGGCUGUUUCUAAUGGAGAAGUGGGAGUAACGUUACUUCGGGGACAUUUGAGGAAUUCCCAACACUUUGCGGUUUUCCAGUGAACUCGUCUUAAUUGCUAUAAGACUCAAUCUCGUUGAUUCGGUUGGUAUCGAUACAGAAGAUUAUAUGAAGAUUUUCAUUGAACUUGUGCAGCAUAGUGACUGUUGGCUACGGGCUAGCUCUCACUUCAUGAAUGAAUCGUACAAAUAGUGUUUAUAAACGGAAAGUGAAAGACAACCUCUGCUCGGCCGCUUACUUUACAACAUGUUGUUAUCAAGUACAGGACGACGAACAAGUGAACUGUUUGCUGACCCACCUUUAAGGCUGUAAAUAUGCUUCUAACGGCAUAACUCAGUUGUGUGUGAUUCCAUGUUCUUCCAUGCCUUUUUUGGCAUCUAAUGGAAGAAAAAGCUCCCAUCAGGUCUGCCAUGGUAUCCAGACUGCCUAAGUUCGGUGGACGCUCCUCCACUGGUGGCACAAGCCCCUUGACCAAUGGUUCCACCCAGCCAACCACGCCUACCCAAGAUGGUAAGACCACUUCCCCUGGAACACGGCAAAAUGGUGUGAUCCGUGCCUCUCCUUUUUCACUAAGGUGGAAGAGAGAUGAGGGGACCACCCCUUCUAGCUCCACCACCCCCACCAGCCCUGGGGACGGAGGUGAAGACAAAGCUCAGACACAGUUUCCCUCUUUAACAAAAGAGUUAAAGAAUGGGUCUCCAGCAACACCCAAGAUGCGGCGCUCAGGUUCUUUGAUGGUAGCCGUUUCCAGUCCUAAGGCCAUCCCCAAGCAGUCCUUGAAGAUGAGUCCCAAAGUAGGAACCAAGCAAGGCCAAAGCCAGCUGAAUGGAGGUUCUAAAAUAACCCAUAAUGGUUCUAGCAUCCCUGCUCGAACAGGUUCAGAGUCUCGCCUUGUGCGGCCAAGGUUAGGCUCCAGCUCUCCCAGAAGCAGCUCUCAAGACAGCCUCUUCCAGUCCAGUGACAGUCUGAAGACCUUGGCACUGGACAACAUGGUGCGUUCGAACAGCUUCACUCACUUCAAGCAGAUUCCCUCACCCACCAGCCAGCCAAUGACACGGUCCUUCUCCUUUAACCGGGCUGUGGAGCUAGCGAAGCCUCUGGCGAACACUCAGCUCCGGCCUCCUCGGAGUAGUUUCCUCAAACCCCCUCAGCUGAGCAAUGGAAGAGUGGGUUUAGGACUCGGAAGCCUGAAUGGCAACCUUGGCGGUUCAGGAGGUCUUCAGUACAGUAGAACUCCUCCAGCUGCCUCCUCUUUGCCCACCCUCUCGAUCCUUCAAGCACCCACUACUCCCAGUGCUCUGAGGAAGCCUCUACUCCCCAGUUGUGUGCUAACCAAGUCAUUGAGUAGCAGUGGGGGGUCUUUGGGCUACAGACUGACUCGAUCUGGGCAGGCUAAGCAGCAGAAGCCUCUUUUUACAGGUAGGGUCAAGGGGGAUAUCAGACCUCCAGCUGCCCCUGAAUGUGGAGAGCUAUUAGGUAUAGCAAUAGAACCUGGGCCAACUGGGAAGGCUGACAAAGCAGACUCACACAGUGACAGCGAUGGAAGCUCUGGAGGUCGAAAUGAAGGAGGGAGUGGCGUGCCUAAGCAGAGCUCUGGCCAGGUGGCAGGCGAGACUCUGGAGGACAUGUCCUUAUCGUCUGCCUCAUCUCUAGACAGAGGCGACACCAGUGAAGACUUUCUAGAUGACAUUUAUAGUGUGGGAGAUGUGCUCAGUGAUGGGGACCUGCCUGACAACAGGAAAACUGACAGCAUUACCCAAACCCGGCUUCACAGCUUUCUCAAUGAGACCCUUGACUGGGACACUUUGGAUCUGGAUGGACAUGAAGAAGAAAGCCCUAUGCAGGACUCCCAGGGACCACUGGUAUUGUCUUCAGAUCAGUGUGAUGCCCUACAGGCUUCAUCUGUGGAGCUCUCACCCUCCAACAGCUCUGGUGGGACCUACAUGUGGGAUGAGGAUGGUCUUGAGCCCCUUAGGUGUCCUGGGACACAUCCAUGUGACAGCUGUGAUGACUCAGAGCUCAACAGCGUGGAUAUCUUGAACAAUCUGGACCCUCCGGGAACUGGAGAGUUGGAUGACGAUGACCUCAUGUUGGAUGUGGACCUCCCAGAGGAUGGCUUGCAUGACGCUGACAGGAUGUCCCACAUUGAGCGCUCAGAGAGGGCCGGUCGGCAGGGGCAGCGGCGUAAGCACCACCGCUGGAGUGGACCAGAACACUUCCACAAUGAUAGCAGGGCCCAUGUCUUCCAGCACUAUGAUGGUCUCAAGGCUUCAAGGAUCUCUUCACGGCCCGUCCUCUCUGAAGGCAGACAGCAAGGCUACAUGGCGAUGCUGGAUGAACUCACACUCGAACACAUGACUCAGGAUUGCAGCUCCCUCAAGAACCAGCUGCUCAGGCUCAAAACGUUACUACAGCUUGAGGAUACAGACUCUCCAGCAGAUGUUCCUGAGGAAAUCGAAGACAAUACUACUGCAUCACAGUUGGGGGAGCUGAUUAAGGAAGUUCAGGUGCUCAGAGAGGAGCUGAGGAGUCGAGACAAGACCAUUGCUCAGCUCACAUUGCAGUGUCAACAGCUACAACAACAUCAGCGGGAACAAAUGUCUGCUCAAGGCCGACAGUUCAGGUGUCAGUGCCACCACCAGAGGGCUCCCUCUUCACUACGACAGAACGACAGACAGAUGGACAAACGGAUGCAGCAUCACUAUGACAAGGCCACCCAGACAUACUGGAGACCACCGAGUCACGCUCCUCAAAUACUACAGCCUUUCAACCCCUGCCUCAGCGAGCACCUCCACCAGGGAAGACUAGUAAAAACUCCCCCCACCGAGGGCCACAGUGACCUCCUCACAAGGCGUGGACUUGAGGACGGAACCCAAAUAGAUGCAGACCAUCCUCUUGAAAACCUUACGGCAGAUGUGUCUGGGCCAGCAGACAAGCUGAGUCUUCCCCUCAGCACUCACCUGCACCACCCAGGCUCUGGGGCUCCACAGGGGGUAAAUGCCAGAGUCAGACCAGCAUCAGCAGCUCAGUCUGCAGCACAGCACGAGUGGAAAGCCCCCGCUGUGAUACUGCAGAACUCUAUCACUCCUAGAACUGCUGGUUCGACUUGUCCACGCAUGCUGCAGCCUCCUCGCCUUCACAAGCGCGUGUCUCUCCCUGCACUCAAGCCAGGGGGCACCGGCGGCUUUGCCUCUCUGAAACCAGGGGGUUCCUUAGGGCCUCUGGCUAACCGGACAAAGCAGCUGCCCCCUCCGACUAGAGGCCUUCCCUGCUUUAAUACUGGACCCCAGGUGCAGGCUCGAAGUCUGUGUCGCACUACGCUGCUUCAGCCUCGCAGAGCAUCAGAACCUUGCAGGGAUCCACGGGGCACCAACUGCAGCCCGGAGGAGCCCAACCAGGGGACGUUCAAAGAUCCUGGGUCAGCUAAGAUCCUGAUCCCUUUGAGCCACUCAUACCUCCCCAAGCCAAAGAUUCCCUGAGGAGCUUAAACCCAACCAUCAAAAGUUAAAACCGGAAUCACUCUGACAUUGAUAUUCAUCCCCUUCUCUCCCCAGUCAUUAUAUCAGUGUCAUUGUUUCACUGUUUGAGUGUCAAAGGAACAUACACUAAGCUCAUUAACCCACGUGAACCAUUCAGGGACUGCCUGUGUCGUUGACAUUGGUAUUGUAACUGCUGUACUGUUUCUAAAUUAGCAUCUGCAGCUCCAGCCUGACUGAUUGACUGGCUAAGGAUCUUAUGUUCAAAACAAACCGUAGCGGUUAGAGAUGUUCCGAUACCAGUUUUUCCUUCCCGAUACAGAUUCUGAUACAGAUCUGAUCUUUAAAAAAUACUGAUCCGAUACAAGUGUGUUAAAAACAUAUAAAUAUUAUUAUUAUUAUUUAACAGCUGUAUACUACUAACCAUGUAUGAUUGCUACCAUUGUUGUAUGUUCUGGGUCAGGUUAAAACCUUUGUUAGACAUGAACAAAUACAUAUAGAAAAUGAAUCCCAAAGAACUUUAUUUUAUUUUAUAUCCAGUUUGACACUGUAGCUAGCUCUGGCUAACAUUACACUACUGGAAAUCAACUCUUCUCCAGUAGUAGCCAUGUUGGUUUGGAUUGGUUAGAUUGGUUAGGGUGAGAAUAUGACAAUGACUUCACCAUCCUGGGAAAAAAAGGCAAAAGGACACUGUUGGAAAGUAGUCCUGUUUCAGGGGGCUGAUAAAUAACAUGGUAUCAGAUCGGUGCACAGACACGUACUCCGCAGAGAUCAGAGGCAUUUCCAAUUUUGGUAUCAGUAUCGGAACAACUCUAAUAGUAGUAUAUGACAGUUUACAGAUUGAAGGAAUUCAUGAAAGAAGAAAUGUAUAAAUGUCCAGUUUACUAGCCUUGCACAUGAAUAUGAGUGCUGCUAACCCAAGAGAAAGAGUGUUACCAUUCAGAGAAGUCAGCGUUUUGUGUUCUCUUGAAAUACCCGCUGGCUAUUAUCACAUUUUAAAGUCUAAGUUCACUUGUCCUCACACAGCCAUGCCCUCUGACACACAGGUGCAUUUGGUUUUUAAACGUGGAGGUGACAUAAAUGUGACCUUUGCAGUGUAAUAGAAGGCCCAAGGGAAGGUGAAGGCAAAGAAAAAAGUGGGAAAGAAAGAAAAAAACAAACAGUAGAAGUGGAGUGGGGACUAGAGACUGGAAAGCAAAUUCGUCAAAGUGCUCUGGAGCUGUCACAGCCAGCAUAAAAAAUGUGUGUGUGUGUGUGUGUGUGUGUAGGUGUGUGUGUGUGUGUGUAGGUGUGUGUGUGUGUGUGUAGGUGUGUGUGUGUGUGUGUGUGUGUGUGUGUGUGUGUGUGUGUGUGUGUGUGUGUGAAUGUGAGGGACAAAGAGCAAAGCAGCUCCACACGGUAGGUGCAUACAUGUUUCUGGUUCACUUUACUAUGCUGACAUCCCGAGUAAACCUUUGAACCUUGCACAUAUUGACAAAAGGGGUCACAGACCUCCUGUAGAAAUGCAACUCAGAUGGAAAUAUAGGCUUUUAAAAAAAUAAUAGCAUGCUGGUGGUGGAGAUAUAAUUAGGACAUACAGUAGUGAGGAAGUAGCUUUCAUAAUGUAGCGGAAAACUUGAGCACUGAAGUGUGCUCAGGUACAAUGUAGGUUCACUCAUCCAUACGCAAACCCACACACAUUAUAAGAUAGAAAACAGUGUAGAGUAACAGGAAGUAUGAGAGAGAGAGAGGGGAGGUUCUUUCUUUACUAUAAGACUAAGAUCUACCACAAAUGUGUGGAAAUUUAUUUUUUUUUCCAGUGCAAAUAAAUGUGUUUAAACAUUGAGAAAAGUGGAAAAAAAAACAAAAAAACAUUUGACAUCACAAUGUGAUGUAAGAAAAUGUAACAAGUUGAAUUCAGGUUGAGGAAAGGGAAGUUUGAUUUGGAAAAAAAAUAUUUGGGGGUCAGUUAAAAAAAACUUGUUAAGAGGGAAAUUUUUACAGUGCAUGCUGACUUCCUUGAUCUAUCCCCCUCAAUGACACGCACAUGGAGGCAUCAGCUAACAGGUAUUCAUUAGACAUGUGAAGCUGCUGCCUGGUAUAUGUGUGUGUGUGUGUGUGGGUGUUUGAGCUGUUUCCCCACCCGUCUCUCUCCUCCUCUCACUCUCUUGCACGUCUCUUUGGGAACAUCAAAGGUAUUAGCGCGGUAUUUUCAGGUAGGGAGCCUUCGGGGCUUUAGUGGUGUUUCUUUGGGAGUUUUGGAGAAUUGUGUUAUCUCUCCUUUUUGCGGAGCCCCUUUUGCAGUCAAACGCUUCCGAAAUGUCCCCGAACGGAAAAGCAGCAGUGUGUUAAAAAGGCCUUCUGACAGCAACUCUGCUCUCUUCUCUGUCACGCCGCGUGACCGCUUGGUGUACGCCUCUGGCACUGUCCGGUCUACUGCGUCCAAUAAUGCACCCUACAUAGACAGAGUGAGAGAGAGAGAGAGAGAGAGAGAGACACACACAUAUCACGCACAUACACAUCCGGGCACACAAGCUACAGGGACGCACAUGCACAGCAGCUCUGACAAAACCCAAAGAGACAUGAAACUCAGAGGGAACGCAUACUCACUUUCCAGUAGCCACACAAGGGCACCUACGUACACACACACACUUUGAAUUUCCUAAUAAAGCGUGUAAAGGUGUGUUUCUGUUGUUUUGGUAGCUCACACAAAAUGAGCUCUCCGAGUGCACAUUGAUCCAUCUGCCCCGUGUUGCCAAAAAAAAAAAAGAUGGUCGUCUCUAGAUUACCCUGGAAAUGGGCAGAGGCUUGUGUGUUUGUUAGAGUGGAUCCAUGUGGCUGAUAAAACAUGUUUACCUGUCGGACACUUCAACAUUGUGCCAAGCCAGCCAAGCAGUCAACACUGCUGUGCGAAGCCAAGAAAAAUCCAUUUCAUUUAAUGGAAAGAAAGAAAGAAAGAGAGAAAGAAAGAUUCAUUCAGAGGAUGAGAAAGAUGCAGAGAAAGAGACAAUGAGACGGAGGGGGAGGAGCGUAGAAUACGAGAUCUAGAGAUGGAAUAGUGAUCGGGAUAAGCUGUUUCUGGCAGACUUUUCUGCUCGUGAAUGUUUGUCUAUAUAAUGUUGUGAAGGUGUGCAUAAGAGAGGAGAGGGAGGCAGAAUACAUAGCAUGUUUGUUUGUGUGCACAGAGAAUAGCCCGUUCCCCUCAGCUGUGUCACUCACUGCUUAGUAAUGCCAAACAGGAAAUCAAUGUUGCCCGCUGUGUGUGUUUGUGUGCCUGUUUCUGUGUGUGUGUGCGUGUCUCUAGACACUUCUGGCUGCCAGUGUUUCUCUCUUGGAAAAUGUGUGUUUGUGCGUGUGUGAGUGUGAGAGAGAAAGAGAUGUGUCUGCCCACAGGCCAAAGGCAAACCCAUGCCAGGGAAAGCAGGGCAGUGCCAUCCUUCUCUCCCUGUGCUGUAUUCCCUUUCUUCAAAUCAAUGUCCCUGCUCAGUUUAGCAGUCAAGCCGAUCAGUCUUGCUAGCUCUGCUAUUACAAAAAACCACGACUGGGCUGAAAACUCUCUGCAGCAGCUUGGAUCAAUUCUAAUGCAGGAUGUUGAUUCACUUUACUUUGCUAGAAGACUCACAAAUUAUCAAGCUGGAUUGCACAACAGGACAAAAAAAAAAAAGUUACCAAAGGGGCCAGGUUGUUAGAUGUUAUUACUCUGAAUGGCACAGGAAUGCAUUUUGGCACCUAGUACACAUGAUCUGUCUAUGGCAGUGCUUUUUUGCCAUACAGUGAAGAUGCACAUCAACUGAGACACAAUAUUUGACUUGUAACCAGAUAAUCCACUGAUAUUUAGAACAUACGUUAGAGUUACUGCAAAAAUUGUGCAUUUGCAGUUUCAAACUUUCGGUUUUACUUUAAAGCUGCAAUAAUCUAUGUAUUUAUAGUAACUUGUAGUUAUAAACCCCGAAAGUAAUCAUCACCUAACUCUUUAUGCUUACGCUUUAUGGAUGCCUUUUAGCGCAUUGUUUUGGUUUUACAGCCCAAAACUUUACUGCUUCACUCACAUCAACAUUGUUUCCAGGACACACGUUUGUCAGGUUGAACACAAACAUGACUCCAAAUGAACGCUUAAUAAGCUACCAUUUGCCAUUUCUUUAGUACUUUAGAAGGUGAUAAUAUGUUGGUGUCCACAGCUUAUUUCCGUUUCCAAGUGGCCAUCAUCAGGAGCAGUUAAUUCCCAGCCACUUCUCCCUGCUCCUAGUGAUGGUUUUAAUAGUAAAAUCCAAAGCUUUAAACUGCACAUCUGCCUUUGUCCCUUUUGGAGUAACUCUACUCUUAUACUUGAUGUGUGUUUUAGUGUAGUUGUUUGUCCAAGCAGGAACAGACUAUUCACACAGUCCACUCAUGUACUUGUACAGCAGUUUCAAAUCCACCACUCAAGUGUUACAGGUGUCAUUUUCAUCAGAGCUGAAUUCCCACCUACAAGUUUAAAAUGUUAGCAGAUAAAGCACUGUAGUGUAGCUGUUCCGAUUUUCUUUCCAUAAUAUGCAAGGUCACUGCAUUUAUCGCUACAUUAUCUUCAAUAUCUGCUGUUUUCAGUUAUUCAGCACUGUCUCCAGUAUACUGUGCAAUGUUGUUUGAAGCAAAAAGAUGGGGGAACACUACACUAUAUUUUUAGCGACCUUUUAUGCAAAUAAAUAAGAGCAAAUAAUGCUUUUUAAAAAUUCUAAUCUGAAGCACUUUAAAUGACAUUAGUUGUUGAUGCUGAAUGAACAUUGAACUUGAUUUAGAAGCUACUUCCAUUUGGUUUGACAGUAUCCGUUUUGAUUUCUCUUAUUCUUUCUUUCCCGGUGUGUCUCUGUCACAUAUAUUUCCAGGAAGCCGCAUGAGACAGCAAUAAAAGGUUGAACUAAAAAUCCGACAAGAGUGUUUUAUCUAAUCUUCUGUUGGAGCUUUGUAACCUUUUGUAACCUGCCUUGUUUUCUUUAAUAAGUUGCUUCCACCCAGAUUGCUUGCAUGUUAAAACAAUAACCUCCAGGCGUGUUUACCUUUAAUGUUAAACUGUAGGUCAAAGGCAAAAUGUUCAUCAACAUCGGAGCAAAAGGUGGUGCUGUGCUAUCAAUGAGUGGUCCUAUGAUGGGAGGUGCUACUAUUACGACAGUCAGUGCUGUUCACUGAUCUGGGCUGUUGACCCUCGCCGACCCUUGCAACACAAAGCUGCUGACCUCAGUUCAAGGUGAAAGAGAAACCUCAUUCUCAGUUUUGUUAUUCUUGUUUUCACUGUCUACUGGUUGUAUUUCUGUCAAAAUAAAGUAUGAUUGUGAAACAAA